AUGACUGUUCGUAUUUCUAACAAUCGUGGUACACAUGCAGGCACUACUAUAACUAUCUGCAUUAGUAAAGCUGGUGCUAAAAAUAUAAGAAUUAUUGUUAUUAUUAUUACUUCCUAUAAAGGUGGUACAGGUCGAGAACUUACUAUUAUUAUCAAUUCUGAUCGUGCUUCAAUUGUUCUUGUUGUCAAUGCUCUUGUUAUUCUUAUUCUUAUUAUUAAUAUUUGUACAUGUCGUACUUACAUCGAUUAUCGAACAUCAAACUCAAUCACAAUCAAAUUUUUGUUCUGA